AUGCCUGCGCUAUCGACUAUUACAUCCGCUUUGGCCGCCUGGGCCACUCUUACCACAGCGGCACCCUCCAGCGUCACUGGGUCCCCGCGCUAUUCCAUGUACUUUGACCAAUAUCACACCGACGUCCUCCCUAACAAGACCAUGACCGCUGGCAUCACACACGUGAUCACCGCCUUUGCCAACUCGUCGCUCUUCACCACUAACCCUGUUGGCGAGUAUACACCCUUCAAGCCGCUGUCCGAAAUUCGUGCUAUGUUCGACCACGAUGUGACGAUCAGCAUGGCCGUCGGUGGGUGGGGUGAUCUUGCCGGUUUUCGCGUGGGUGUCGCUUCUGAGGAGUCACGUGCUUUGUACGCCAGCAAUAUUGCUGCAACUCUCAACAGACUAGGUUACGACGGUGUCGAUAUUGACUGGGAGUACCCGGGAGGAAACGGCUUCGACUACAAACAAAUUGCCAACAAUGCCACAGAGGCCGAGGUCUUCCCCCUCUUCCUAACUGCUAUCAAGUCGGCCAUCGGUGAUAAGGAGCUUUCGAUUGCCGUGCCUGGUCUUGAGCGCGACAUGCUGGCCUACACGGCCGAGAAGGUGCCCUUGAUCAACUCUGCUGUAGAUGUCGUCAACGUCAUGACCUACGACCUGAUGAACCGCCGCGACACCACGACCAAGCACCACACCGACAUCAAGGGCUCUCUCAACGCCAUCGACCUAUUCAUCGAGCGCGGGAUGAAGCCUGCCAAGAUGAACCUCGGAAUUGCCUUCUACGCCAAGUACUUUACCUUGGCUGCCAACACAACUUGCACUCAGCCUAUCGGUUGCCCGAUCGCGCUUGCCGAGGCCGCUGACGGCAGCGAUACCGGUGCCUCGGGUGCCGAUACCUUUGAGGCGAGCUCCUUCCCUGUCGUGGUCGACGUGGCCAAACUGACCGUCUCGACCGACGGAUCUUGCGGUAGCUCGAACGACUUCAAGUGCACCGGUUCAGCCUACGGCUCCUGCUGCUCGCAGUACGGAUGGUGCGGAAACACGACAGCCCAUUGUUCGACUGGCUGCCAGAACGACUUUGGGACCUGCACGAACCCAGCGGUCAAGUCUACUGCCCAGUCGUUCCAGGACGCUCUCACGAACGGACAACUCGACUCUGCAAACGGCGGCCAGUGGUAUGUCGACGAUGUCGCGAAUCUGUUCUGGACCUGGGACACGCCCGAGCUCAUCACCAGGAAAUUCCGUGAGAUCAUCGCCGCCCGUGGUCUCGGUGGAAUCAUGGCUUGGAGUCUUGCUGAGGAUAGCGUUGACUGGCGCCUUCUGGAGGCGAUGCAGGAGGGCUUCGAGGGCCUGAAGUCGAAGAAGUGA